AACGUUUAAGGUUACCGAGUCUCCGCAUGAUAUUUAUUCGUACUGCUUGAAAAUUUUAUAGUAAGAAUGCAGGUACGGCCCCACUUUCCAGAAUACAGCAUGGCUCGCCUGGAUCUCUGCCUAAAAAUGCUUCGUUGUGCGGUGAAGAAUCAGCACUUUACCAACAAUCUGCUCUUAUCACCCUUCUCGGCGGAAAUUGCUCUUGCGAUGGCACAUCAUGGUUCCAACGGUCGAACAAAAAAGGAAAUCUCGCAAGUGUUGGGUCUCCAUGACGACUACAGUACGCUCGAUGUCGCACGUACUCUGCGCCAGAUCCACGUGGAUGAAACCGCGGACAACGGUUACGAUGAGCUUGUGCCCAACGAUAAUCACAAGCUGCAUAUGGCCAACGGUGCAUUCUUUAGCAAAGAUGUCUACCUAAGCAGAAACUACAUAGCAGAAAUGGAGAAGCUUUUCCUGUCCACCAUUCAGGACACACUGACUUCGACGAGCGCGAUGGUGCCGCGGUCUACUGUAUAA